UUUAAAAUGUCAGUUUGAAGUCAGAUGUGCGACGAAAUAGGAAUCCAGAUUUAAAAAUGAAAAUAAUAAUUAAAAAAUAAACAUGAAAAGGAAUACACAGUUAUUUGAUUUAUACUGGGAAGACAUAUUAGUAUCCAAGGUUCUGCCACAUUUGACAUUACGAGAAUGUUUUCAUUUUCGUUGCGUUUCUAAAACUUGUUUGCAAAUUAUAAAUAUAUACUUUGCAAAGCUAAAAUCAUUAAAACUGAUGAACAAGGGAUUUUCGCCACACACGUUUAAUGUGCUUGCUGUAACAUGCCAAAGACUGACCAUUUUAAAUCUGAGUCGUUGUGCAUCCAUCACAGAUGACGAUCUGAUUCCGUUGUUGUUAAAUAACAAAAGAUUAAUAAAUUUGAACUUGAGUCAGUGCAAGAGUUUGUCGGCCAAAUGUUUGCAGCCUGUAAUAUUGUACUGUAACGAUCUACGAAUAUUGAAGCUGGCUCGCUGUGCGUGGCUGACGACGGGAGCUAUGGAGGCGCUGGCACUGCACCAGUGUAUGCUGGAAGAUGUUGACCUGUCGUACUGUGUUUCAAUCUCUGAGAGCUGCAUAUUGAUAUUUAUAAAGAAGUUCCUCCGGCUGAAAACAUUGAACUUGGAAGGUAAUAAGCAGGUGUCAGACAAGUCGCUGUAUGCUCUGGCCAAGUACAGUGUGGAGCUGAAGCUGUUGAACCUGACCGGGUGUUCAGAGAUCUCGGAUAAAGGUAUUAGAGCUCUAGCGCUGCACAGCAAGAAACUAGAAGGCCUGCUAGUUCGAGGGUGCUCAAAGGUAACAGAAAAUAGCCUCAAGCUGAUGAGGAAUAGAGUGCACCUGGAUCGAAGACCAACAGAGUCCUUUCCUAUACCUGUUUAUGUUCAGGUGUAGACACCAGAUAUUAAAACUCACCAAAUAAGAUUGAUAUUUAAUCUUUUUGAUUAUUUAUAUAAUUAUGUAAAUGUAUGACUUUCCUAUUAAAAAUUUCUUGGUAAAUAAGAGGAAAAAAUACCAAAGAGCAUACUAAUUACUAGGUCAAGAACAUAAUAUAAAUUAAUAACUGUAUGGCCCAUUUCUUUAAGUUAAGUGUCACCUUGGCUGACCUUCAAAAUGUAUUCAUUAAUACAAGCAAUGCAGUGUUGAACAUUGCUUCCAUUUUAUUCAAUAUUUAUAUGCAAAACGAUAAGGCCUAUCACUUAAUCAUGACAUACUUUUACCUACUUAAUUUAGUUAUAAGGUGCAAUUUUGUGGACAUGUUGUGAAAUUAGGUUGUCUGGAGGCAAAGAUUGCUUAGAGGUACAAAAAUCACCCUCAUCCUCUACCAUACAUAGUCAAGCCAAUUUACUUAUUACGGGGGUAUGAGCAGUAAUAGUAACACCAAUUGCCAAAUAGGGAUGACGAAUGGGUAUAAAAAGAAAUAAUCGAAUUACUCCCUCAGUUAGAUAGUUGAAAAGUAUUUUUUCCUUUUUCAGAAAACCUAAAAUUAACAGAGAUUAACUGCUUUAAAGUUAUGGUAAAAAUUAUACUCAAUCGUGACGUCACGCGUAUGUUUCAUUCACUGUAUAUUAUGUUUGCGGAAUAAAUUAAAAAUACGUAUCCAUUAUUAUACAAUAAACUACAAGACGGACACUGGAAAAAUAUAUUGUCAUCAUCCCUAUUACCGUAGUUCGGGCUCCUAGCAGUUGUCCCUCUGGUCAGUCGUCUGGCAGUCGUGGUAUAAAGAUAUUAGCUAAUUAACUUUUUCGUAUGACAAAAUCUAGGGGAACUGAUAUUGGAGAAAAUCUUUAUUUAAUAUUAUUAAGUGUAUCUGUGAUGAUUGUGUAUUAGAUCGAUAAAUUAAUUAUUUAAAUUAUCUUUACGAUAUUUAACUUUAUAAUUGCUUAUACAUACCAAUAAAUGUAUUCUUAGGAUAAUUAUACUUACUAUGAGCUUUUCGACGCAAGAACAGCAACACCAGCUCUAAAAGCUUAUAAUAAGCACGGGGUGCGUGCCAUCAACUCUCAAAUUGAGAUUGUUGCAAUGUCCAAGGGAGUCGAUGCAUAACAACACAUAUAGCGGUGUCUCACUUCUACAUCUGCAACAGACUCACUUGAGGUGAUGUCAGGCUCCUUUGAACAUGAUUUUAUCGAUUUUGUCUGUACCUGUAAUGGCUGUUAUACGAGUUGUAAGUUUUAUUUAUGUCUAAAAAUAUGUUUACCUACUGCUUGUUCAAUAUAAAUGUGAACUCAUGAACACGUGGGCAAAAUAAACUCUUUGUACUCACUACUCUAUUAUCGAUCUAAGUGAAUAUGGUACUAUGUUCACUUGCUAAUUACGAAUCAAAUGCUCCAAAAUAAAGGUUUAUUAGGUAACGCCUAAAAUAUAUAGGUUUAAAGAAUUGAAGAGUCAAGUAUUUCCAGGCCCACGAUAUUUACGCACACAAUUGGUCGUUUUUAUAAAGAAUUUGUGUAAGUAUUGUGUUUUGCUAGUCAGAUAGGCAUAGGUUAUGUAUGUAUUUAUAAUAUGGUGUGUAAACUUGGACAAAAAAAAAUAACUCGUGUCUAGGUAUGAGACCAAUUAGUGGUCCAUUGCCAUGCAAAUUAUAAAAUGUAAAUCUGGUAGGAAGAACAGGCUAACCAUUUCAAUAUUAUGGACACAGAUUCUAUUAAAAUGCGUCAAUCGAGAUCCACUGCUGAACAUCGAUAGGCCUCCCAAAAGUUGCGCCAUACAGAAUUCUUAAUACCUUGAUAUAAAACUAUGGGAAGCAUGAAAACAGUUUAUUUUCAGAAGCCAGAACAUGGACUUUCUCUCUAACAACACACUACCAUUUGCUAAGUCAGGCUAUAGUUAGUUUUUUUGUCGUGAGUUUAUUUGCGGUCACAAUACUUCAUAGGUGAUUUGUGUCAAAUAGUUAAUAAGUAUAAAUAAUACAAUGAUUUUUUUUAUUAGAUUUAUAAGCAUGUAUGUGGACUGACAUUAUUAGUUAGUCUUGUUGUUCUUCCAAAUUUAUUGGUGUUGUAAUUUUAUUGUUAUGUAUAUUUAGGCACAAUUUGAAUGUCAUUUGGAAAUAUAAAUGUUGUGUAACAUUUCAUUUGUUUGUAUAAAUUAUUUCAUUGUCAGUGUAAGGUUGUUUACUUGAAGCUAUCCAAUGUAAAGGCUAUUAAACAAUGGUUUAGAAAAA